CCCAUCCCCGCCUGGGUACCAGUCGGCGCUCCCCAGCCCCGGCGGCGGCGGAAGAGAUGGGGCCGCGUCACGAGCGCCCGGCCCCUUAAAAACGCUGCUGGCUGGAGCCGCCUCCCUCCCUGCAGCCCGCGGCGGGGAUGGAGUAGAGGCAGAUCCGCCGAGCUGCUCGCGGGGACCCGCGAUGGAGUUAAAGCAGUCUCUGGCCACCCAUCUGGAAGCCGAGAAGCCUCUCCGGCGCUAUGGGGCAGUGGAGGAGACGGCGUGGAAAGCGGAGGGACUGGGGAGAAGUCAGCUGGACAUCGUGUCCAUGGCCGAGACGACCAUGAUGCCCGAGGAGAUCGAGCUGGAGAUGGCCAAAAUCCAGCGGCUGCGGGAAGUGCUGGUGCGCCGGGAGUCGGAGCUGAGGUUCAUGAUGGAUGACAUCCAGCUGUGCAACGCCAUCAUGGACCUGAAGCAGGAGCUGCAGAGCCUGGUCGCCAUCCCAGAAAAAGAGAAGACUAAGCUGCAGAAGCAGCGGGAGGACGAGCUCAUCCAGAAGAUCCACAAGCUGGUGCAGAAGCGAGACUUCCUCGUGGACGACGCCGAGGUGGAGCGGUUAAGAGAGCAAGAAGAAGACAAGGAAAUGGCUGAUUUCCUGAGACUCAAGUUAAAACCUCUAGACAAAGUAACCAAAUCUCCAGCCAACUCCCGGUCAGAGAAGAAGGCCGAGCCCCCGCCCAGCAAGCCCACGGUGGCCAAGACGGGGCUGGCGAUCAUCAAGGACUGCUGUGGGGCCGCCCAGUGCCGGAUCAUGUAGCCCCCCCGGGCGGGGGGCCCCGCCUACCCUCUUGUCUUCAUCGCCCCCAUCUCACCGGGGCCCGAGAGCUCUCCGAGGCGGAAGGGAUCGAAGGCAAAAGCCCGUGGCUGCGGCCGGGGCCCGGGGGGUGGCCCGUACUGUACAGAGCAUAGCAAUAGGGGGUCCCUCACUGUCGCAUGGCCCUCCCCGAGCAUGCCGUCCCCGGGUCCCGUCUCUCUGUACCUCAGCUGUGUCUCCAACCCACCCACCCGCCGUGCGAAGGAGCGGGGAGAGGGCCGUGCCCCUCAGUGCGUGGUUGUGACUUCUCAGCACCCAGCCCCGUGUUAGACACAUCCCCGCCCCCCUUGCUCCUCCCCCGCCCCGCGCCCCCACGGGCAGUCUCUCUCCCCCCCCUUUAUGUCCCUGUCCUGGGGCCGCCCCAGGCCCCUGUCUGGGAGGCGCAGAGGAGGCCCCAGGGGCGAGCUCAGAUUCCUGGCCUCCGUGUCUGGUGGGGUUCACCCAAGGGAGCGUGGCGGGGGUGACGCCGGGGUGCUUCCUUCCCUGGCAAAGUCGGCCCCCCAGGUGUGGAAUGAGAGAGGAAGUGGGGGUCGGGGCUGCAGCGCCCCCUAGUGUUCAGGAGAGGAGAGAUCGGAGAAGUCGGGGGGCUCUGAGAGCGAGAAAGGGCAGAGAGAAAAGGGCGUGUCCGGCCCCGGGGGCCACGGAGGGGUGUCCCCCCCCCCAGCCCGGCUCACCAGCCGGACACACAGAUGGCCAGAGACAAGGCAGACAGAGCGGCGGGAGAGGCCCCGGCCCGUGUGUCCCAACCUCGGGGGGUGGGGGGUAUUUUAACCAGCCUGCCACGUCCACCUGUGUAACUCGAUGUCCAUUUGCUCCAGCCAGCUGGGCACAGUCCAUGUGACUUCUCUGUCCCCGUGUGUGUCGUGCCCAGCCCGAGUAGUUAGCCUAACUCCAGACUCAUUGCUGUGUAGACCAUCCAUUGGCGACAAUAAAAAUGGAAACUGCGUUCACAGCA